AUGAGAAACCUUCUUCAGAAUCCGUUAACCAUGCCCGACGACGCGGCUGACGAGAAAAAGCCAGAUGAAGCCAAAAAGAACAAUCAAGCCAAGGGUCGUGGCCAAGGAUCAAAUGCCAAUCGUGGAAGAGGAGGUUCAAAUAACAACAAUGCUUCGAAGAAGCUCAACUCCUCACGACCGACACCGAAUUCUCGACAACCUACAAAAGUGGACAUGAAAAAGUACGAAAGAAUGAUCUCAGCUGCUCAUACCAACUUCUCUGAUAUUCCGUGUGGUCCAAAAUCUGUAGACUGUGAUAUUUGUUGCAAGAAAAACGACGUCUUUGGAAUUGGUUCUUGUCGGCAUCCUGUCUGUGCAGAAUGUGUGAUUCGAAUGCGAAUUCUCGGUAAUUCCAAAACUUGUCCAGUUUGCCGUGCAGAUAUUGAUAUCUUGUCAUUCUGUACUCUCGAUGAAGACCUCGCAACAGUGCCACUUUCUUUCAAGUUAUCCGGACAUCCAGAUGAAUAUCGCUUCGGAAUAAGAUUCAGCAAUAAAGUGGCUGGUACCAAGUACGAAAAGUAUCUGGCACAUGUAUGCAAAAUUUGUAAAACUGAUGAUGGUGAACGUCUGGAGUUUCCAUCGUUCAUGUCUCUUCGUCAGCAUAUGGCCAGUCGACAUGAGCAAUCUUACUGCCAUAUUUGUACGGACAAUUUAAAUUUGUUCUCGAGAGAAAGAAAAACGUACACAAGAGAAAUGCUCCAGAGACACAUGAAACAGGGUGAUUUCGAUGAUAAAAGCUUCAAAGGGCAUCCUCAAUGCCUGUUCUGCGAGCAGAAAUUUCUGGAUGAGGAGAAUCGUUACCGUCAUCUUCGUAAAGAACACUUUUUCUGCCAGUUCUGUGAAUCGGAUGGAACAAUGACCAAUGUAUUCUUCGGAAAACACGAUGAACUUAAAAAGCAUUACAAAGAUCAUCACUUUAUCUGUGAAACUGAAGAGUGCAAGCAGAUGGGAAUAGCAUUUGCUAAUAAGUUCGAACUUGAUUUGCAUAGAGCAAAUGAACACUCUGAAAAGAGAAACCUUAUCGAGCUAGGUUUUGGACAAAGAGCUCCAGACCCUGGGCGACCAAUGGGAAGAGGUCGAGGUCCUCUCCGGUACAACGAACCGCCUCCUCCGCCGGUUCCUCGAGAAAGAAUCGCGUUGGUUCAGCGGCAAGUUGAAACUAAUCCUCAAAGUGAUCCAAGCCAGUUUACUACUGUUCGAUCAGCUCAGAGCAAAGGAGUUUUCACGAGUACUAGAUCUGCAUUUACACCUAGUAAUCAAGACUUUCCGAGUCUCGCACCGCAAGCUCCACCGCCAAGUAUUCGUUCUUCGGAAUUCCCUCGCCUGAACAAAGUGAACAAAAGUGCAACUGCCGCUGCCGCUGCUGCUGCUCCUGUAGUUGACCAUUUCCCAUCAUUAGGAGAAACUUCAACACCAUCUGCUCCACCUCUUCGAAUUAAAGUUCCUCCGCUCGUAAAGAAGAGACAACCACCUCCAUCCGCUCCAGUGCAACAAAAAUCUAGACAAUCUUCUUCUCGUCAACACGCUCCUCGAGAGGAAGAUGAGGAUUAUACAUCUUCAAGAAGAGAUGUUCCACAAACUGUAGUGAAAGUCAACAAUUCUUUACUUCGGUUCGACACUGUCGAUCGUGUUGUUCCAACUGCGAAAUCUAACAUACAAAUGAUACAAAGAACAGAUCAACAAGUAGCUCCUUCGGCUUCAUCUUCUUCUUCUGCAGCUGCUCCAGGAAUGUUCGAUUUCCCCUCGUUACCAGCUGCUUCUGCGCCCAUACAACCGGCAAAUAGUUCUUGGCUCAAUAGUAAGAACAGCAAAAUUAAGUCAGCCGGAGCUAUUUCAAGCGUAACUGUGCCUGCCAAUUACUCCAAAGCGACGAAAAAUCAAAACAAAAAGAAGAACAAAGUUUCUGUUCCUAAAACGGAAGUUUGGUCAUCUCUUGGUCCAGCCCCAGAAGUAUCAACUUUAGCUGAAACGGAUACGUGGCAGGACAUACCAUUGUCCAAAGAAGCACUGGCUGAGAAAGAGCGUCGAGAGAAAAAGGAAGAAUGGGCUCGUAAGAAGGCAGAGAUUCAGGCGAGAGUUGCGGCCGCGUCGAAAGAGAAAUCGACAGCAGUUGCCGACGAAGUCGAACCAGAAUUACCCCAGAGAUCGGUCACUCCUCCUUCUAAUAAUACUCCUCCUCCGAAAGAAGAGAGUCCCGAGUGGAUUGUAGCCGCACCGAAGAAAGCAGAAGUAACUAAAAAUGCAGCUAGUCAGAAAAAGAAUAAGAAGAAUAAGGAAGACGUCGCAACGUCUACAAAGCAGGAGCCGACACCAUCUGCUGCUCCACCAGUCGAACCAACUCCUUCAGUUCCUCCAGCAGCUUCAAUCGCUUCAACAUCUUCAAUUGCUCCAAAGCGAGAGGAGCCUGUUAAGGAUUCCUACCAAGAGAAAAUGGAUGCGUUGUGGAAUAUGCCGAAGUUGCCUUCAAUGACAUCAAUGUUCUCGUCUUUUUCCAUCUCGGGAAUUUUUGGCAUGGGCCCGAAUUCUAACGUUCCGACACCAACAACUAAUAAUCCCCCUCCAGGAUUGGAAAAUGUCGUCUUAACACCUCCACCUGGACUCGGGUUUCCAACUCGAAAACCUGAAGAGAUUUCAUUCGCUUCUGCCCCAAUGCUGUCUCAUGACGAUGUGAAGGAAAAACGAGAAAGAAUGGAAGCAGAGAGACGAAAAAAGGAGAAAGAGACCGAGAAGGUAGAUGACGGCUGGGUUACAACCGGAAAAGCUACAAACAAGAAGAACAAAAAGAAGUAA